AUUCUGCUUCCAUGGAUUCUUUUCUAUCUGAUUUCACUUUCUCAAUUUCUACACAACACAAUCUCUCUCAGUCUCAGAUCCAAUCGCAUCAUUUCCAGUUGUCAAUUCCUCUGUGUUUUCUCCAUACUAGGGUAGAAGAACAAGGGCAAGAUGUUUAAAUUUUUGAAAGGAGUUGUGGGUGGAUCUGGUACUGGACUUAAGGAUCUCCCUUAUAAUGUCGGCGAACCUUACCCUACUGCUUGGGGCUCCUGGACUCACCAUAGGGGCACCUCCAAGGAUGAUGGAUCUCCAGUCUCAAUAUUUUCACUUUCUGGAAGUAAUGCUCAAGAUGGACAUCUAGCAGCAGGCCGUAAUGGUGUCAAGCGCCUUCGCACUGUCAGGCAUCCAAAUAUUCUAUCAUUUCUAUACAGUACUGAGGUUGAAACUUUUGAUGGUUCUACCUCAAGGAUUACUUUGUAUAUGGUGACUGAACCUGUUAUGCCAUUAUCUGACAAGAUCAAGGAGCUAGGUUUAGAAGGCACACAAAGAGAUGAGUACUAUGCUUGGGGGCUCCACCAGAUAGCUAAAGCUGUGAGCUUUUUGAAUAAUGAUUGUAAACUUGUACAUGGUAAUGUUUCCUUGGCCAGUGUUGUUGUCACCCCAACUCUAGACUGGAAGCUGCAUGCUUUUGAUGUCUUAUCUGAAUUUGAUGGAAAUAGUGAAAGUGCAACUGGACCAAUGCUGCAAUAUGAGUGGCUUGUUGGACUACAGUACAAACCAAUGGAGUUGGCUAAGUCUGACUGGGUUGCGAUCAGAAAAUCUCCACCUUGGGCCAUUGAUUCCUGGGGUUUGGGUUGUUUUAUAUAUGAACUCUUUUCUGGUACCAAAUUGGGGAAAACAGAGGAGUUGCGCAACACUGGUUCCAUUCCAAAGUCAUUGCUUCAGGAUUACCAGCGGCUCCUGAGUUCUAUGCCCUCUCGCAGGAUGAAUACGUCAAAGCUUCUAGAAAAUAGUGAAUACUUUCAAAAUAAGUUGGUGGAUACCAUACACUUCAUGGAAAUUUUUACAUUGAAAGACAGUGUUGAGAAGGAUACCUUCUUUCGUAAACUUCCAAAUUUAGCAGAGCAGCUUCCUCGCCAAAUUGUGCUGAAAAAGCUGCUUCCUUUAUUAGCUUCUGCCCUUGAAUUUGGCUCUGCUGCUGCUCCUGCUUUGACUGCAUUUUUGAAAAUGGGUUCUUGGCUUCCAGCCGAAGAAUUUAAUGUCAAGGUAUUGCCAACAAUUGUGAAACUGUUUGCCUCAAAUGACCGUGCUGUUCGAGUCAGUCUCUUACAGCAUAUUGAUCAAUUUGGAGAGUCAUUAUCAGCACAAGUUGUCGAUGAGCAAGUUUACCCUCACAUUGCUACUGGAUUCUCUGACACAUCUGCUUUCCUCCGUGAAUUGACCCUCAAAUCUAUGCUUGUUUUGGCACCGAAGCUUUCCCAACGUACUAUUUCAGGAUCCUUAUUGAAGUAUCUUUCAAAGUUGCAGGUUGAUGAAGAGCCUGCAAUCAGAACAAACACCACCAUAUUACUGGGGAAUAUUGCAAGUUAUCUAAAUGAAGGGACCAGGAAGAGAGUACUAAUUAAUGCUUUUACUGUCCGCGCACUGCGUGACACUUUUUCUCCUGCUAGAGGAGCAGGAAUAAUGGCUUUGUGUGCCACUAGUUCUUAUUACGACAUAAAUGAGAUUGCAACUCGAAUUCUUCCCAAUGUUGUUGUACUCACCAUUGAUGCUGACAGUGAUGUUCGAUCAAAAGCAUUUAAAGCUGUUGAUCAAUUUCUGCAAAUACUCAAGCAGUAUUAUGAAAAGACAACUGCAGGAGAUACCAGUGCAGCUGGAACUGUGGGAAUCUCAUCAAUACCAGGAAAUGCUAGUUUACUGGGAUGGGCUAUGAGUUCCUUGACUCUCAAGGGUAAACCAUCUGAGCAAGCUUCACUUCCUCCUAUAAAUUCUGGAGCACCUCUAAGUUCUACUGCCUCCAAUGCCAGCUCAGCCAUGGAUGCUCCAAGCACUGCGCCAGCCCGUGUAAAUUCCAGUACAGACUUAGCCGAUCAACCAGUGCCUGUGUCUCCCACUUCAACGGAUGGAUGGGGAGAAAUUGAAAAUGGAAUUCAUGAAGAGAUAGAUAGUGAGAAAGAUGGUUGGGAUGAUAUUGAACCUCUUGAAGAGCCAAAAGCAUCUCAAGCUCUUGCGAACAUUCAAGCUGCUCAAAAGCAGCCAGUCUCUCAGCCAAAACCAGAAGCUGCUACUUUGCGACCUAAAAAUACGGUAAAGGCAACGAAAGAUGAUGACGAUUUAUGGGGUUCCAUAGCUGCCCCUGCUCCAAGAUCGACAUCAAAACCUUUGAAUGUGAAAGCAGCAUCAACACUUGAUGAUGAUGAUCCUUGGGCUGCCAUUGCUGCUCCUCCACCUACUACAAGAGCCAGACCAUUGGCAGCUGGUAGAGGCCGAGGAGCUAAACUUGCUGCUCCAAAACUGGGCGCACAAAGGAUAAACCGGACAUCCUCUGGAAUGUAAGGGACAGAAAUCAAGAAGUGACAUCCUCUAAAGAAUACAGAAGAUGAAGAGCUGUAAAUUUUUUCCUUCCUUACUGGUGGCUGGUACACACACUAAAGUACUUGAAUCCCUGUAACCUUGGGUUGUAUCUGCUACUUGCUCCCAUAGUAUUUGAUUUGUAUCAUCAUUCUUUUUUACUAAAUGUUUGUUUUGUUUCUUCAAAGAAGAAAUGGCUGUCUGCCAGACUGCUUUGUAUUAUAAAUUAGUUUCUGCAGCAACUCAACUUCGAACUAGCAUAUCACAGGGCUUGUAGACGUACUUGGAAUGUAAUUGCAUUUUUGUCUCAUAAAGAAAUGGAAAUUUUUGUUAUCUUUUC